AUGUCCGACAUCUCCAACGUGAGGGACCACCACUUGUGGAACUUUGGCGACUUCAUCCUCAUAUCCGCGGACAGAGUCCGUUUCCGCAUCUCUUCGCGCAGCCUCUUCAUGGCUAGGUGGGCUUCCUCAACUCCCAAGCUAACUGUCAGCAAGGUUUUCGCCGACGCUGCAGAGUGCGCAGGGUCAAGUGAGAAAACAUUGGAGUUCACCGACCAAACCAUCGAAUCUGCCGCUGUACUUGAUGUCUUUAUGCGCCUGGCUGUUUACGGGGAAUACUUCCUGAGUCAUUUCUUUGGUCCCUCCAAGGACAAUCUUGCCGACCUCGAGGACUGCCAACGCCAUAUGAACGUUCUGAACUUCCUCAAGAAGUACGACUGUCCCAUCUUGAUCCGCCUCCUCGAGAUGUCACUCUACGACUUGCUUCCCUAUGACUCUGUGCGCCGCAUUCCCAUCUUCUUCAUGGGCGCGGUCUUGGAGAACCCCAACAUUUGUGCAGCUGCCCUGGAGAAGAUGUGCAAAGGCAGUUUUGAACAGCGUACGAACACUAGCCCGCCCAGAGUCUGCCCCGCCGAUCCGGGCAGUAUCAGCAACGACGUCUGGAAACUUCUUCCCCCCAAGUACGCACGCGCUUGGGUUGUUGGGUGGGCGAUGGGAGAAGGCGCCGGCGGUCACCUCAACGAUCCUCGUCAGCACAAUUUGGAUGAAGUAAUUCGAUGCUUCAAGUAUGCCACCGAAUCGUACGACAGUGACGAUGAAGCCGAAUCAGAUGACAGUGACGGUAAAAGUGAAGAGGUCACUUGA